CAAGCGGCUCCGCCUCUCCGCCCGCCUCCUGCCCCCACGGAGGGCAAGAAAUAGCCCGGGCCUUGGCCCGUGCUGGAGCUGCUUUAACCCUUCGGCCGUUCCUCCCCGGGCCAGGAAAGGAGGCCCGGUGGGGUGGCCGUUCCCUCUUGAGAGGCUGCAAGCGGCGGCUGGAGCGAGCUGAAGAGGGAGGCGGGAAGGCCGCUCGUCGUCCCUCUGCUUUGCCCAGCGCCCCUCCGGGUGGGCCGCCGCCAUGAGAUUGCUGCGGGCACUGCUGAGAAGCGUCUCCCCGGUGAACACCAUCCCUCAGCAGGUGGAUUUCUACUGCCGCUUCUCCCCGUCCCCGCUUUCCAUGAAGCAGUUCCUCGAUUUCGGAUCUGACAAUGCUUGUGAGAAAACCUCUUUUAUGUUUCUGCGACAAGAGUUGCCUGUAAGAUUGGCAAACAUAAUGAAAGAAAUAAGUCUGCUUCCAGACAAUCUACUUAAAACACCUUCAGUUCAGCUUGUUCAGAGUUGGUAUGUGCAAAGUCUGCAGGAGAUCCUUGAUUUUAAAGACAAAAACGCUGAUGAUACAGAAGCUGUUUCACGUUUUAAAGAUACUGUGAUAACAAUCCGGAACCGUCACAACGAUGUCAUUCCUACCAUGGCUCAAGGCGUGAUUGAGUACAAGGAUAACUAUGGGGUUGACCCAGUGACAAGUCAGAAUGUGCAGUAUUUUUUAGACCGCUUCUUCAUGAGUCGGAUUUCAAUCCGAAUGUUGCUUAAUCAGCACACGUUGUUGUUUGGAGGAAACGUUGAAGUUAACCCAGCACAUCCCAAACACAUUGGAAGUAUUGACCCUAAAUGCAAUGUUGCUGAAGUUAUAAAAGAUGGUUAUGAAAAUGCAAAGAGCCUCUGUGACUUGUAUUACAUGAGUUGUCCAGAACUUAUUCUUGAAGAGAAAAAUGUAAAAUCACCAGGGCAGCCCAUGCAAGUGGUAUAUGUGCCAUCACAUCUCUACUACAUGGUUUUUGAACUUUUCAAGAAUGCAAUGAGGGCUACCAUGGAACAUCAUGCAGAUCGGGGAAUUUAUCCUCCAGUUCACGUCCAAGUCGCUUUAGGCACUGAAGAUUUAACUGUGAAGAUGUGUGACCGUGGUGGUGGUGUUCCUUUGAGAAAAAUAGACCGACUGUUUAACUAUAUGUAUUCAACUGCACCGCGUCCCCAUGUUGAGACGUCACGAGCAACACCUCUGGCUGGAUUUGGUUAUGGUUUGCCGAUAUCGCGCCUGUAUGCUCAGUACUUCCAAGGAGAUCUGAAGCUCUAUUCUCUAGAGGGUUAUGGCACAGAUGCUGUUAUCUUUAUAAAGGCUUUAUCAACUGAGUCUGUUGAAAAAUUGCCCGUGUAUAACAAAUCGGCUUGGAAACAUUACACAGCCAAUCACGAAGCAGAUGACUGGUGUGUCCCAAGUAGUGAACCAAAGGACAUGACAACAUUCCGUAGCACAUAGAGGCAGGAAGCCAGGCGUGCUGAGCCAAAGAUGGUCCUGUCACCUAUGGUCAGCCUACUUAGUACCACUAUUACAUGUUUAAUGGGGAAGGAUGCAUCUCCAUAUCCAAACUGGAGUAUGAAAACCAUAUCAUUGCCUAGAGUUUUCUGCAGUGUUCAUUUCUAAGAAGUGAAGCUUUUCUAUCUUUGCAUCUUAAAAUUACUUUAGCAAAUGCACCUUAGAUCACUUGAGCACACCUGAACAGUGUGUUCAAAUAUUGUUCUGCUUAACCACCCAGUCAUUCCAGUGAACAAUUCAUGGGAUGUAUUAUUUUCUUUAGACAUCUCCUCUGGGAUCAGUUGCACUAAUGCAGCCUUUUGCCCUCAAGGACUCCAAAAGUGAUUUUCAAUGUGAGAGAAAACAAUGUGAGCUUAUCUCGUUUGUUCAUUUUUGUAUUAAACAUUAUGUGGAAUCAAUUAAUUUGUUGCUGUUAGUGUAAACAGCUCUUUGGCUUUAUAUUUAUAGCUAUAUAUUUACAGCUAGACGUAGAAUUGCUUGAGCCUCAUUCAUUUUGUUUUGAAAAUUGAACUAUUUCAAUCUUUUUCACUGAAAUAAAUAUUUCAAAGGACUUUAUGCACUUGGCUUGUCCAGGUGCAGUGUUUUCCCAACUAGGGAAAGCAAAGCUGAUCUUUUAAGAAUGCAGGGUCACCCGAGUCCUUAGAAAGGAAUCCGACCCCUGAGUUACUACCAGUUUAAGUAGGCAAAAGAUUUUAAACUUAAUUUCCUGUGAGAUAUUAAUGGAAUUUAAAAGUGUACAACUUGGGCUGAAUUUUCCAUUUAUGUUCAGGGAACUUAGUGGUGUUGAUAAAACCCUUCCUAAUAGAAUGCCACUCAUACACAAGUGCUGCCAAAUACAGUUGUCCUCUGAGUUUGAUCACAAUAUGUGAGGUAAGAGUUGACAUAUGAUUGCAAUGAAUUAGUUUCUUUUCACAUUUAUUCUAAUAUUCCCAUAGAACAGUGAGAUAUGCUUGUGUUCUAAGAAAUUAGAAUAUUAUACGGUGUGAUUUAUUUAUAUUCCUUUAUGCAUAUUUUAAUGAUUCCAGUUAUGUUUUCCUUUCUGCAGGGCAGGUUUGACAAAUGACCUAGGUUAAAAACAAAUUUCAUUCCACUGAAAUCAGUUGAAUACUGAUAUCACUGCUAAUCUUUUACUAUUGUAGUAACUUAGAGAUAUAUCUACUCAAAAAUAAAAUCCCAUUGCAUGAGUAAAGGAUGUAGCUUGAAGCAGAAGACUUAAAUACAUUACAUCAUAAGUCCCAUUGAAUAUGAUUGGACUUGGUAGGACACAGAGAAGAAGAUUGGCUUAACUCCCUCAGCUGAUACUUGGGAAAAUAUCAUACGCAUCUUGAGUGAUAUGAAGCCCCACAUUACUGCAGAUUGGAUUUAGGACCCAUUUCCCAUUUUCAAGUCAAAUGAUUGCUAGAAUAUUUUUGUCUGACAGACUGAGUUUCAGAAGACCAUAUAAGGAGAUGAUAUAUAAUGAAUUUCAGACCAAUCAGUAUCGAAUGGGUUAUGUGCAAAAUGAAACAACAUACUUUGAAAUUAAAACAAAACCAGCCCCUUUGCAAAAAAAGCCUGUUACAGCUUUGAAUUUCUUUUAUCAGGGAGGCUGUUGUUGAGCAUUAGUUUGUAGUCAUUGUACCACUCUACUUAGAGAUAGGAGACAACAUUCUGUGUUCCAUCAGGAAACUUGAAGGAAUAAUAAAAAAAAUAUUAUUGGUCAGAAGAUGAAAUACAUCCUCUCUCCCAGCAAAAUGAGCCCUGGAUUGUAAAACUAUUACAGAUAGCUAAUAAGGAUAAUUAAAACAAUAAAAAAGUGCAAAGCAGUUACAGUCACUAGAUAGAUAUAUAAAAUAAGCUUUUACCUGCAAGUAGAACCAUUUACUCAAUACUAAAAAUUAGUUAAUUUCCUUCUAUUACACUUUGUUGUGUUUCAGUAUGAUUUCAAUUCUCAAGCUUUUUAUUUUUGAAAUGCACCUUUUUAUGUCCCUCAUUAUUAUUUUUUUCAUACUCCCCAGUUACUCAGGCAGACUGUCCCCAGAUGAUAUGCAGUUAUCCUCAUCUGCAGUUAUGAUAGAACAUUUCAAAUAGGUGGUGCUUUGAUAGAACAAAACUUCAUAUACUGUGAAUCUUUUUCCCAUAAGAAACAACGGCAGUUCAAAUUAGCUUCAUUGUUUUGUCCUAGAACCACCAAGAAAGGGUGGUGGCAGUCCAUCCUGUGUGCUUCUUACCACAGAGAAAAUAGCCAUGUUUAAAAUGUUUUUUAAAACCUGUAACCAAGAACAAAAGCAAUUGUUCAGCAUAGCCAUAGAACAGCCCAGUGAGGAAGUGCCAUCAGUGGACUCAGGUCAGCCAUUCAUGGAAGAAAGGUAACAAAAUGAUAGAAACUCCUCCAUAACAAGGACUUUUUAAAAUUCAUCAUGCUUACCUCACUUCCUUAUGUCCAAAAUAAAUCUCAUUUAUCUACUUGACCAUAAACCAACCUCCUUUGCACUGGUUCUUUCCUGCUCAAAUAGCUCUGGACAAUAGCAGAGAUGGAGCCUGUGUCCCUUGCUUUAUGAACUACUGCCUUCAUUAUAAGCUCCAUGUUUGGGAGAGUGAAAGAAAAGGUAGAUCAAAGGUGUCAGAAGACCCAGGACUUGUUUGGAAAACAGGCUUUUUUGUUCCAUGUCUAGUAAACUUGACAAAGCUAUUUUGGGUGUAAAGCAUUUUAAAUGUCUCGGUGCGAGUGUUUUUAUGAAACAUUACAUUAUGCUUUUAAUUUUUUUUUUAAAAAAUGAAAAUUGCUGAUCACUUCUAGGCUGACUGGUGAAAUAUCUUGGGGGAAAAUGUUCUGAGAGUAGCCCUGUUAAAAUUCCUUAUGAAAAGGUUCAGGCUGUUUUGUGGAAAAAAUAGUGUUUCUAUUUUGAGGGUUUUUUUUUUUCCCCUGUAGGGCAAUUGUUAGAAGAAUAAUGGAGAGUCUAGAGAUAGCAACUAAGGAACAUCCCUCUCAAUUACAGUGCUUAAGGCCAUAAUCCUUAACACAUUUUUACUUAGGAGAAAGCCUUAAAACAUGACAGUGCCAACGUAUGUAUUGAUUUUAGAUGAUCAAGGAAAUAGCAGACUAGAGCUACCUUUGUGGUAGGGAAACUUUAUAUUUCCUCUUAUCAGAAAUUAAGCUAAAUGUACUAAAUCACAGGAUUAGAUUACCCUUUUGAUAACCGGUAGAUCAGUGCUGGAGUUUACAAAUGAGCUACGGUACAUCAUAAGCCUACAUUAUGGAAUUAAGCAUUGUUGGAAGGAAAUAAUUUGUUACAUGAAUCAUCAAUCAAAAGCUUGAUAGAUGGAUUUGGCCCUUGAAAAAUUAAUUUUUCAAGCUCGGGUUACCAUUUGAACCUCAAGAAAAUACAAUCUUGGGUAAGGGAACAGAGAAAGACUGGAUUAGUAUUAUCUAUCCCUGAACGAAUUACAAAUGUCAACAGUACUCAAAUAAGCCUAUGGUCUGAUAAUCCAAUAAUGAAAUUAUCUGCCAUGUGCCAGACUGAAAAUGAUACAAAUAGGUUUAACAGACACCACUAGAGUUGCAUAUAGGCCUUAUGAUAUAUGUAUAUGUUGUCCUUAUUGAAAUAAGAUGGUGUUUUGACAAUUCAGAUUACCGAAAGUUUAUAGAAAAUAAUUGUUUAGGUUACAAAAUGGAUUUACUUGCUAUUAUUUUGACGUUUGAUUUCUAUUUAAUACAGUAUUUAAAAUAAUAAAAAUACACCUUUAUGGGAAUUUCUCACAUUGAUAGUACUACAAACAAAAAUCAUUGUCUUUAUAGUUGAAAAGUAAAAUGGAAAGCAAUCACUUUUUGUUUUUAGAAUAUUAGUCUUGUACUAUGAAAAGUUGGAUUUGUAAGAAAAAUUACACUAAUUUUUGUAAGAAAUAAUAAAGUUUGACUUUUUUUUUUAAAAAAAA